GAAAAAAAAUACAAUCGGCAUCCUGACUACAACUCGUCUCGCCAAAUCGAUACUAUGACUUCCAGUGAAAUCGAGAUCCCCAGCGAGGUGAAGACUGACCCCGCCACUCUGAUCGCUUCCCUCCAACUGCUACCAUCCCCAACACCGAACCUGGAAAUCCAACACACCAAGCUUUUCAUUAACAACGAAUGGCAUCAUUCAGUCAGUGGGAAGACUUUCUCCACCUACAACCCUUCAACAGGAGAAAAAAUCUGUGAUGUUCAAGAAGCUGACAAGGCUGAUGUGGACAAGGCAGUACUGGCUGCACGGAUUGCCUUCUCCCCGGGCUCUGUGUGGAGGAGGAUGGAUGCUUCAGAGAGGGGUCGGCUGAUCGACAAGCUGGCAGAUCUGGUGGAACGGGACCGAGCGCAUCUUGCUACACUUGAAUCUCUAGACAGUGGAAAGCCAUUUCUCCAGGCUUAUUAUGUUGACCUACAGGGAGUCAUAAAAACUCUCAGAUACUUUGCUGGUUGGACUGACAAGAUUCAUGGCAAGACAAUUCCAGUCGAUGGAGAUUAUUUCACAUUUACAAGGCAUGAGCCAAUAGGGGUGUGUGGACAGAUCAUCCCUUGGAAUUUUCCCCUACUCAUGUUUGCGUGGAAGAUAGUUCCUGCCCUGUGUUGCGGUAACACAGUAGUCAUCAAACCAGCAGAGCAGACUCCCCUGACCGCGCUCUGUAUGGGAGCCCUUAUCAUUGAGGCUGGUUUUCCUCCAGGUGUGGUCAAUAUUGUGCCUGGAUUUGGUGUGACGGCUGGUGCAGCAAUAGCCUCUCAUAUGGAUAUCGACAAAAUCGCAUUUACAGGAUCAAAUGAGGUUGGAAAAUUAAUCCAGGAAGCAGCUGGGAAGAGUAAUCUGAAGAGAGUAACACUGGAGCUGGGAGGAAAGAGUCCGAACAUUAUUUUUGCAGAUGCUGAUUUGGACUAUGCUGUGGAACAGGCUCAUCAGGGAGUUUUCUUCAACCAAGGCCAGUGCUGCACAGCAGGAUCACGGAUCUAUGUAGAAGAGCCAAUCUAUGAUGAGUUUGUCAGAAAGAGUACAGAACGUGCACAGAGGAGAACAGUAGGAAACCCUUUUGAUCCUGCCACUGAGCAGGGCCCACAAAUUGACAAACUGCAAUGUGAUAAAGUCCUUGAACUUGUACUAAGUGGUAUUGCUGAAGGAGCAAAGCUUGAAUGUGGUGGCAAAUCACUGGGAAAGAAAGGAUUCUUUAUUGAACCCACUGUAUUUUCAAAUGUCACAGAUGACAUGAGGAUAGCGAAGGAAGAGAUUUUUGGCCCAGUUCAACCAAUCAUCAAGUUUAAAACUAUGGAAGAGGUUGUGGAAAGGGCCAAUAAGUCUCAGUUUGGUCUAGUGGCUGCAGUGUUCACCAAGGAUAUUGAUAAAGCAUUAACAGUUUCUGCAGCUAUGCAGGCUGGGACAGUCUGGAUUAAUUGUUACAAUGCCUUAAAUGUCCAAAGUCCCUUUGGAGGAUUUAAAAUGUCUGGCAUUGGAAGAGAAAUGGGAGAAUAUGGUUUAAGGGAAUACACGGAAAUCAAAACUGUGACUGUCAGAAUUCAACAGAAGAAUUCUUAAGGUUGUUGGUGGGGGUGAUGCUUUGUAUAUGGACACAGUGAAUCCAUUCUGUUGUCAACAGGACAAACAUGCACAACGCUGGUUGUGCAGCAUACGGUUGAAGCUUUAUCCUAUCAAAAGUAACAAAAAAUACUAGUGAAUGUAUAUGUACCACAAAUACUGUGUAUUUGAGGAAAAUACAAUAAUCUCAGCAGAUUCCCCGAGUGCAUUCAUUAUACAUGCCCCUCAAAAUUAUUUCUAGCCUUAUGGAAUCUGUCCACUGUGGCUAUUUAAUAGACCGGAAAACUUUCCAAUGUCACUGGAACCAAUAGCCUUGUUCUACUGCUGUUAACACUUUGAGAAGCUCCACAGAAACUACAGGGCCCUGGUUAAAAAUCAGUGUGCUAUGGGGUAGCUAAGGUAAGUGAAGGAGGAAUAAAUUGUAGGGUGAGGUCAGCCUGAUAUUUGCAACCCUCCAGUGAUGCAGUGUAAACAUCAGUCCUGACUCACUCAUCCUCUUAGAUGGGAAAGACACAAUUAGGCAAGCGAAUCCCAUGAUCCAGAGUGUUUUCAUAUUUUUGGUGUUUGGGGAAGGGGGAGAUGGGGGUAUGGUGGGGUGGCUCUGUGGGUUACCCAAAUAUAAAUGCUUAGGUAUUUACUCUAAGUUCUGUGGGCAGUGCUCACAUAGCCAUUUCCAGCAGAGAACUGAGAGUCUACCAUGAGCCACAAGAAUUCAACUUUUAAAAUAUACAUCUGCACUGGAAUAAUUUUAACCUGCAGCUGUCAACAGGAUAAAGAAGCUGUGGAGUUCCCAGCAUCAACCUUACCUGGGAAGGGCAGCACAGAAAUCCCAGAGUUUGUGGGGAUCCAUAUCCAUCCUGAAUGCAUUAGCUUUAUUACUGACCCUGGGAAUGCCUGUGCAUCCCCCAUAGGUCCUUUUUGAUGUUUGAAAGGGAGGGCAUGGUAGAACUGGUAGUCGGAUUACCUACAUUGGUAAUCAUGAUUUAGAUAGCACCUUCAGUAUUUCAAGGACCGAGCCAGCCCUUCAGUCUAAGGGCCAUCGCAGUGUUUAUGCUUCACAUGAGACUCAUCCUGCCCUUCUUCCCCCAAUUUUAUCAACAUCUCCUCCUUUCUCCCUUGUAUGUUCAGCUUCCCUUUAAAUACAUAUAUAUUAUGUAUGUACCCCACACAAUGUAUUUCAGCACAAGCUGCUCCCUUUGGUAGCCAGUUUCACAUUCCCAGCACUGCCUGAGUCAACAAGUGACUCCUGGAUUGGAUCUAUUCACAACUUUAUGUUUACAGUGCUGAUAGUGUUCCUAUCUUCCCCACAAGUGGAAGCAUAUUCUCCGUAUCUGCCCUCACAUACUGUAAGGUCUCUCUCUGGUCAUCCCUCAGCCUUCGUUAGUUCAGCAAUAAGAACUUUGCUGUUCAUUUUAUUUUUCUUCAUAAAAGUACCUUCACAGUUCUGGUGUCUUUCUAACAAAUCAAUAAUAAAAUAUGUUUUCAUUUCAGUUCUUCAGCGUAGUGCUGCUCAAUAACUUUUCUCCUGCUCUGCCAAGCCAGUUGGACAUCCUGGCAUGAGCCAAAAACAGCGUGGGCUGCACCCAUUCAAAAUAUACACAGGCACCUGAGCUGGGCAUUUAUAGCGCAUUCAGGGACAGUGAGAUAAAAAUUCUAACCUCCCUCAAUACCCAAUCCCUACCUCGGACUGUCGCAGGAAAUUCAGGACCAGGACCCAGUUCUGUGUUGGUUGUCAGGGGACAAUAUUAGUUUGUGCAGCUCUCUCCUGCUCCCUCAACAUUUUAUUAUAUUCUUCUAGCAGAUGCCUGCAUUAUAAUCAGCACCAGGUUAAAAGCAACUUAAAACUGCCAGUGAUAAAUCAGAAAGUGCUGGAGAAAGAAACUCAGCAGCUCUGUGGAGAGGCUAAAACAUAGUUAGCAUUUUGAGGCUCUGAAGAAGUCACUGAACUCAAAGUGCUAACUCUGUUUCUCUCUCCAAAGAUACUGCCUAACAUGCUGAAUUUCUGCAACAAUUUUGGUUAUCACUUUGAUGCUAUCCAAUGAAAAUGACUUUCUCCAGUCAUCAUGUGUAUCGACCUAAGAAUUAAACACUGAAGGGCUUCCACCGUUGUUACUUCAAGUAAAAUGUUUUUUGAGCAUUGAAAAAUGUCUCCUGGAAUACCAACCAGAACUACAUUUCUUUGUGUUUAGUACAGGAAUUAGCCCACAGCAAAAUCAGACCCACAUCGCAUGGCGCACUAAUUUUAGGCAAUUUAUUUGGCAAAUCUUUGUUCUCAUUUAUUUUCAAAAAACCAGCCUGGGAAAUUACAAUGAAUGACCUCCUCACUUCACUUGGUUAUAAACAGUGCUCUCCUGAAUACAGCAUAUGACGUCUUCCUUGGCAUCUCCCAUGCUAAGGGAAGCCGGGUUCGAUAAAGACACUGCCCUCAUAUAUGUGCCAUGUCCUCUUUCUGUGUUGUCUGGGACAUUGUUCCAUGUUACACCAUUAAUUGUUGAGUGUUAUCAAUAUAUAGGGUAGCUCUCGGGACUUGGUAAUAUUGGGUAGCUCAAUGCCAUUGAAUUAUGUACCUAGACAUGUUACAAAGUAACACAAGUCACUUGACGUUGCAUCAGACAUUAGACAUCAUUUAAUCAUUUGAAAUUUUGACUACUAUUUAGUGGUUUCAGCACAAGUAUUAUCACCCUUUUUAAUCAUUAUGAUUCUUAACAACAAAAAUGAAAGCACAGCAAGAGGCAAUCUGCAACACAUAGCAGAGAAAUAAAAUCUCUUCAAUCAGCCAAAAAGUCUGAAAAUGAGGUAAUCUGUUGGCAAUAAUAACAAGGAAUGUAUGAUAUGAAGUGAGAGGAUACCAAAGUAAUUAGAAACGUAUUUCAAUUCUGAGUGGUUAGUCUAGGAAUUGCUUUUGGUGAUAUUAGCAGACUAAUAAUUAACACAAGUAAAAGAACAUAGCUCUGUCCAAUAUGUUAACAUAGACUUAAAUCCAUUUAAAAUAAAAAGUUAACAUUCUAUUAAACUAGUAGGUAGAGGAAUUCCAUACAAAGGCAUUAAACAUUCAACCGUUAAUAUCACAAACAGUCAUUUCAAGGCUUAUGUAUGUUUAAAAUAUUUUGUUGUUACACGAUAAUUACCAUGAUAAAAGCAAAUCCUUUAUUACGUUUCAUACUUCUCAAUCAACACGUAUGAAAACUGAGCAUUAAUUUGACAAAUUUUCAUGGUCCUGUUUUUUUCCAGUUUCUAUAAUUCAGGUCACCUAUGGUUGAUGUCACAAAAAGCAAUAAUGUAUAAGUCCUUGCAUUUUUAUACACUGACUGCAAAUUUUUUCUUGUUAACUGUAUUGCAGUUUUGAAAUCAUGUAUAUACAAUUAUGUACUAUGAAGAUAUAAAGAUAUUUUCUAUACUGUUUUUCAUUAAAAAAAGACACAUUUGA